UCACGUGAGAAUUGCGCAUGGAGUCGGCAGGCCGCAUGGUCGACAGUUUUCCGAUUCUAUUCGCCGAUUUUGGCAGAAACAGUACAUCAUAUUCCUAUUUUUGUGUGUAUAGACUAAGAACUAAAGAUGGCAGAAGCAAGUCUUGACGACUUCUUUGCUAAGAAAGACAAAAGUAAAAAGAAAUCCAAGGCAAAAAUAAUACCCGCUGUUGGGGACGUUCUGGAAAAGACGGAUGAAUCGAAACCUAAAAAGGAGAGGAAAAAAAGGGACAAGGAGAAGAGCCAGACUUCUUCCAAUACUUCGCAGGGGUCGACGAGAAAAGUAGAGGAUGAUGAAGAAUGGAUAGACUUUCAAGAUGAAACUGAAAAAGAUUACAGUGGCUUAAGGAUACAAAAUCUACAGAUAACCAAGGAGGAGGAGGAUGAGCGUGAGGAGGCCGAGGAGAUGGAAGAAGGGGAAGAUGGAGAACCCAAGGACAGACAGGGUGCAGCCUCUGGACCAUGGGCUGUGUCCUCAUCGGGUCAACCGCAAGUAGCUCCUGGCACAGCCCCAAUGCUAGGAGGCGGGGCCCAACCCGAGCCUGCUCCUCAGCCACCGAAGCCUAAAGAAGAGGCUCCUGUCAAAACAACCGGUAAAUAUGUCCCUCCUGGUGCACGGUCUUCCGGUGGUGGGGGCUCAAGUUCUGCAAGUAGUGCACAAGCUAUCAGGCGGAAAAAGGAAGCUCCCAAUAUCAAGAGUGAAGUGGAUUUCCCAACUCUUGGAGGUGGAAGGAAUGAUGGAUUCCAGGAUGCUCAAGAAGCCAACUACGAGCAUCCAGGGAGUAAACGGGGAAUGCAGCUAUCUCUGGAAAACAAGUUUGCAGCACUCCAAGACUAAACACUCUAGGCCACCUCUUUUGUCAAAUACAGUUUUAUAUAUAAAUAUUAUAUAUACAUACAUAUAUUAUGAGAUAUGUUUUGUUUUCAAAGUGCUACUCACAUGGUUGCUAUGUGAUGACCUUGGUCUCUACUCCUUUAAUGGAGUGAGGGACAUUGUUUCGGCCAUGAUAAAUAAGUUUUCAGGUAUUCAGUAAUUAUUUAAUUCCCUUGACAUCUUUUAUUUUGUUUUUAUGAAAACUAGGUUACAACCAUAUAUGUAAUGCUUUUGAUCCCUGUAAGAGUACCAUAGGAUUGAACAUCUGAAACUUAUAUGUUAUGGCCUAAUUGUGUUUACUUGAUAUGUUAUUGAAUUUGAGCUAUUGACCUAAACUGGUUAGAUUCCUUGGUAUAUUAUGAUGUGUUAUACAUGUUAUAUGUAAGGAGUUUCCUUCAAAGUGUGUCUUGUUGGACUUGCACCCAUCAUGCUGUUGGCAGUGAUGGGAUCCUCGGACAUGUUAGGGCGACGUAUGCAGCCGCUGGAGUUACAAUGGACUGAGGCGACAACUGUCCUAGUGAAUCGACUAUAGCAUGCAAAUGAUAUGAAUUUAAGAAAGUGAAAUAAUUGUUUUGGUAAUUAUUGUUUCUAUAUUUCUGUGUAUUGUACCUUAGGGUGCAUCAUAUUCAACUGAGGCCCUAAAUGAAUUACUAGUGGGUUUUUAAAGUCAAUUUUGACUCGAAUGUGUAACAUACUGAGAAUGUUGCUGAAUUUAUUUAAGGGUUCAGAGACAUGAUGGAGGAUGUUGAGUUGUAAAAAAACACCUGAUAACCUGCAUCCAAUCGGCAUGCUGACUAUUGUGUACAAAUGAAGGUGGCAAUGCCAUAUGACAAGUAACUAGUUCAAUGGGGCCGCGUAUACAUAUUGUACAAAGGCAAUUGUUAAGCUAAGCUGUUAUGUACCAGCCCCGCUUGUGAGAGUUAGUUAAACCUGGGUUAUUAAUAUUAUUGGGGCCAAGCUGCUCAAGCUCUUCAUAGUAUAUCACAUGGAUGUUUGUAUAUAUGAAAAUUGGCAAUGUUGAUUCUCAUCACUGACCUGCCUAUGGUGUCAAGUCAGCAUUCUUGUUUAGUAGUUACUAAUGCUUGGAGACACAUUAUAAUUAUGUGAAAAUGUUUUCCGGUUUUCUAAAGUUGUCUUUGAUGCAAUUGGUGUGUUUUAAUUUUAAUUAGUAUGCAUAAAAAAUGAAAAAAAUAUCACAAAUAUUUUUGAAUCAUUGGGAAUGUUUUACCUGAAACGAUCAGUUAAAGCAUUUGAAUCUGGAUGUUUGUUUUAUUUCUGCCGUGUUAUCUUUUAUUCCUGGAGACUCGAGGCCACCAAUGUCAAAGCAAUCCCUGACUGUAAUCUCAUAGCUAGCAUGUAUAAAAGACAAUCAGUCAACUGGGUAAAGUAAACCUUAUGUUCGACAGUGUCUUGUCGUGUUUUGUGUAUAACUUUGUUAUAUCGGUUGCAUAGUCCAAUGUUGGUUGAUGGGACAGUGUUAGGGUGAGACAUCCAGGCAGGAGAUGUAACUUACCCAUAAACGUUUAUUAGGCCAAAUAGUGAGAACAUAUAGGGACAUUCCCUAAGAUCUAAAUUCUACUUUCCCUUAGGAUACUUUUAACUUUAGACAAAGUGACUCUGGCUAUUUGCAUCCUUCUUCGUAACAUUGGUUCUGUAGUUUCCAUAUUGAUGAGUCCUGUUGUUCUAUGAAUUUUAUUUUUCUCUUGUCUACAAAGUACUGACUUCCACUUAAGGGACAGGUGACCCUACAGUGACUAAACUUUCUGUGAAGAGCUGUGUCCCUUAGCUGCCGGUAUCAGCCUUUUGCCUGAUAAUGCUCCUUAUCACUCAGCUUGUCACCUGUCAGCUUGCGGGUGUCCAAUAUUCCAGACAUUUAUGAAUGUGCUGCUUUGGGCUUUCCUCCAACAUUAAACUAACAUUACCAUUUGACUGAAAUAUUGUUAACAGCACUUGAUGAUUAAAGCAUAUUUUUAAUUUGUAAGCGAACACAUUUUGUUCAACUGCUUGCUCAGGUGGAAGACAACAUGCAAAACACAUUACCUCUAAAAGAAGAGCACUACAGGGGUUGUAUUUUUGUUUAUACAUCAUUUUAAAAUUGUUUGUCAUUCAGCAGUUUCAGCAAAUGUAUCGCACACACAUCACUGAUGUCAGUCCUUGGAGUAUUCAAGUGACAGGUAUUAAAGGGGGACUCUGGACUCUGAAGUGUCAGUUAGACGGAGUCUUGGUUCCCUUUAAGAUAUAUAAAAAAGAAAAAGAGAACCCUGUUGGAAAGAAUGGAACAUUUGCAGUAAUUUGUAACACCGUAUUGUAUUUUGACAACCUGCUGGGGAAUAUGCUUCUGCGAUACAAGCUGUGCAGUACCGUUCAAGUCAAACCUAUAUGGCUCUACAUGUGCCCUGUACACCUGGUACAGAAGGCCAUCUGAACCUCUUCAUGUGUGACAUGCCAUGGGUAAUGCAGCGUGAAUGGGACUUGAAUGGUCCACUUGGUCUGGGAAACUCCUACAGGCCAACACCUAGGUAAUGUGACCCAAGUCUGGAUGUUAGUGAAUGUCUCUAUUGAUGUGUUUGAAUGUAAGAAAAGAUGUUUAUGAUUACACAUAGCUUAGGUCCGUAUAAUCUCUUGAUUUGUGUAUGAUGAACAAGACGAGUACUUCAGAAUUGAUGACGGAUCUUCACAUUUGCAAGUUCAAGAGAACAGGACAUUAAGCAUUGACGAGGGAAGUAACUCUCAUCAAAUUGAGUUUGAGCAGUGACAGACUUCUCAAGAAAUUUUUGCAUGGAUGCAACUAGUUUGACUGGUAUCUUAAUAAAAUCUGACCUAAUCAAACUACAGAAGAUGGAGAGGGCUGUGUUCUGUUUUAGUUCAGGCAGCCACAAAGCUGUGUGUAUCAGAAAGCCACCAAAAUGCCUUGGUCAGUGACAAGGAUGUGAAUGGUCCAGUAAACCAAGAACAGUAACAUUUCAUAAGCAGUCAGAAUAGUGUAGGUCAACAUUGUAGCUGAAAUCAUCCUUCUAUCUGAAUAGUUUAUUGCUGCACAUCAGCAUGUUUCUGGAAGCUUCAAAGGACUUUGCAUAACCCUUGUUAUUUUACUUUCAUAUGUACAAAUUAGAUGGGGUUUACUGAUGUGCAAAUAAUUAUUCACAUUGAUAGUGUUUUGUUCAUUUGUAUAAAUGGUCUCAGCAGCUGUUGCCAUGUUUUCAAGUCUGUGCUACACUGUAUUUUGAUAGCAAAUCAGUUGUCAUUGGAAAUGACCUACUUCAACACAACUGUGGUUUGUUCUUGUGUUUGUCUGACCAGCAAAUGGGGAAAAUUGCUAAAAGGAGUCAUACAUGUUUUAUGCUAAAAUUUGGGUAGAAACUUCAAGAAAACCUAAUCUUGAAUGUUUUUACCCAGCAGCCCAAAUGGGGUAUAGUCAACCACAGCCAUUGUUGCAGCCAAGCAUGCACAUUUCACACCUGCAUAGAGAAUGAUCCAAAGUUUCAAUUUAUUUUCUUCUGUUACUGAGAUCUUCACUUCAUGCAACAUUAAACGUAUGUCUGUUUCUCAUGUAAGCCUUGUAUGUUUGAAACUCUUUCUGAAGCUGAUAAUAUAUCUUUCUAGCAUACCAGUUACUGAAAUAUAGAUUUGCUUGAGUUAAAAUUUGAAUGUCGACUACUUACAGAAAUAUACAUGUAGUUGGCAAGUAUUGACAUCUUGUUUACAUUGUGGUAUGUACUUUGUUUGUCUGGAGAACAUGAUGCAAGGUUACACUGAGGAAAUGGUGACUGUAGAUUGUAGAUACGUCAGUUGCUACUUGUGUGCUUUGGUAUGUACCUGGUUGCCUCAAUAAACGUCUUGGAACUUGUA